GCUAAAUGUUGGUGGAUUUGUUUUUUGCAGGGGCUGAAUCUUUCUGUUUUGGAGGGGGUUUUUGGCCAAAUCUUGCUUUUUGGUGGGUUUUUCAUCCCAUGUAGUGACAUUUGGAGCAUUUUUGGGCUGAAUCUUUCUGUUUUGGAGGUUCUGACACACACAGGAUGCCUAGUGUCCUCCUGACAUUGCACUUGGACAAGGAGGAACCCCCAGCCUAAUGCCCUCUCCUCUAGUUUUUCCCCCAAACCAGGAUUUUUCAUUCCCUAGGCGUUUACUGAUGGAGGAGGAAAAGCCCCAGAGGAAGGGCUGCAAACCCAGCCCAGAGAGCUGCGAGGAGAAAAGACCCUCCAUGAGCCAGGAAGGCGGCCGGAGAUCCAGGGGGAGCUCAGAGCUGGUGGAGAAGCCUCAUGGAGGGGAGAAGCCCCACAAGUGCUUGGAAUGUGGGAAGGGUUUCAGCUACAGGUCCAGCCUGAUCCAGCACCAGAGGAUCCACACUGGGGAACGGCCCUACGAGUGUGGGAAAUGCGGGAAGGGAUUUAGAGACAGCUUCUGCCUGCUCCGGCACCAGGUGAUCCACACUGGGGAGAAGCCGUACGGGUGUGGGAAAUGUGGGAAGAGAUUCAGCUGCAGCUCCAAUCUGUUGGAGCACCAGACGAUCCACACUGGGGAACGGCCCUACACCUGCAUGGAAUGUGGGAAGAGCUUCAGGCUGAGGUCGGACCUGAGAAAACACCAGCACAGCCACACCGGGGAGAGGCCCUACGAGUGUCCUGUGUGUGGGAAGAGGUUUCCGAGCAGCUCCAGUCUCAUCAGACACGAGCGGAUUCACACAGAGGAGAGGCCCUUCCGCUGCCCCGACUGCGGGAAGGGAUUCAAGCGAAACUCCCACCUCAACUUCAACUGCAACUCCACCCUGACUGUCCACCGGCGCAUUCACAGCGGGGAGAGGCCCUACAAGUGUCCCAAAUGUGGCAAGACAUUUUACACCAGCUCCGAUUGCCUCGUACACGAGCGGAUUCACACAGAGGAGAGGCCCUUCCGCUGCCCCGACUGCGGGAAGGGAUUCAAGCGAAACUCCCACCUCACUGUCCACCGGCGCAUCCACACCGGGGAGAGGCCCUACGAGUGUCCUGAGUGUGGGAAGAGCUUCUCCAGGAGCUCUAACUUGACCCAACACCAGCAGAGGCACCACUAAGGGAAGCCCUGUGAGUGCCUUGAGUGUGGGAAGAGCUUCGUGCUCUGCUCCAGCUCCAUCCCCCAUGGGAGGAUCGGUGUUGGAUGAUCCCCAGUGACCCCCGUUGGGCAGAGCCCUGGUGAUCCCUGUUUCGUGGUAAUCCGUGUUGCGUGGAAGGAAGUUGUUGGAGAGUUUUUUUUCCGCUUCUCCUUGUGUUGCUGUGAUUUAGUUGGUAAUAAAUUCACUCGCUGUGCCAAGGCUGGGUCUGUUGUGGCCGUGCCGGAGUUUGCUGAGGGAUCUCUCUUUGCUGAGGGAUCUCUCCCGGUCCUUAUCCCCACCCAGGAACCCUCGGUUCCAUUUUCCCCUGUGCUGCUGUCGGGGGCAGGGACAGAGCGGCUUUGGGGGGUGCCUGGCAUCGGGCGAGCCCUCGCCAUGGGCACCGCUGAGAUCUCGCCUACCUGGGGACACAUUUCUGGGCACAGCUGAGC